AUGCCGAUCCUAAUUGCGGAUUCUAGCGCCUUGAAGAAGGGCGAGGCGGGAGAGUUGAGGGCGCUGCAGGUUAGAGCAUUCCGUUAUUACGCCCUGUUCUACAAGGCGUUUUUGGGAGUGGCGGCGCACACCCGUGCCACGCUGAAAGAGGCCUUGCUUGCUGACCCGUCCUCUGAGCUACACAACUGUUUGCUAUGCAGGCUGAUGGAGCUACUGCCCAAAGCUUUCCCGGACCAGGCGUCAAAGUGGGAAAUUCCCAAGAUCCACAUGAUCAAGCAUCUUCUCGAGAACGUGGAAGCAAGGGGGAUGCCACACCACUACAGCACGGAGAUGUGGGAGCGCACUCACAAGGGGACAGUGAAGGGUCCCGUGAGGGGGAGCAACUGGGCUGACAUUCCGAGGAGAAUUGUGGAUGAGGAGAUGCAGCGGGAGAUUUACAGAGAAGUGGCGGCGGAUGCGGGAGGAGGUCGGCAGUACGUGUCAGCGCUGCGUGUGGUGAGUGUUUGGGUGCAAGCAAGACUAGGGGUGGUGCGCUGGGCGACUCACGCCCUGUACCAGGUGCGUGUUUGCUAUGCACUCUCAUUCAGUGCAUGCUGUGUCGCCGGUGGUUGUGUGCGGCAGGCCGUGGAAGAGAUGGAGCCAGUGCUAACGAAGAAGUUCAGGGUCAUGCGCCUCGGAGGCACCGCGGACAAGGUGUUUGCCGAGUACGCAGCGGUAUUUGGGGAUCAGAUGGCGGGCCUACCAGGUCAGCUGCGGGAGAUGCAGUUGAACCCUGGCAGUGUGCAGACACACACAGCAGUGGCCAUACCACGUACGCAGGGUGGGGUGCUUGUGGCGAAGGGGACGUUCGUCAAGGCGUCCCCGCGAGAGAACCUGUUCUCAGAUGUGGCACUCCUGGCUCCUGGAGGCGGGGAUUGGUUUGCUAGAUGCCUAUGUAUUUUCAAGGCGUUGAACGCGGAGGGCAAGUGGACUGGGUGUGCCUACCGCCCCGAACCUAGGCGCAGCGGGGAUCCUGCACCGGCGGUGAUUGUGCGCUACACGAAGAGUGGGCGCCUCACACCCGAGGUGUUUACCGAGUUUUUUCAGACGGUUGAUGGGGUGCAGCUUAGCCGUGGAAGGAAGACGGUUGUGUUCACCUACAACACGGCGCACCGCAUUACCGCGAAUGACGCGGAGACCACGGUGGAGCAUGGGCUGACUAUGGUGCAUUUCACGCACACACGCUUUGUGGACCUGACAGACGUUGUGCACUGGUCCAGUAUGCCGUUUUUGCACGGCGUGGUGGACGCUUUCAAGGCUGAGUAUCGUGUGAUACUGAUGAGACGCGCGGUGCGGUCCAAUCUGUUCCACGAGGAUUUCGAAGCGCCGAUUUCCCAGGUGAAUUACGGUGUUAUGCUGCUGUGGGUGGGCUUGGCAUGGAAGGCGCUGACGGCGGCAACGAUGCAAAGGAGCUGGUGGAGGGCGGGAUGCGUCCCGGAGUCAUGGUGGGAGCUGAUGUGGCACCUGCACGGCAUGUACUCGGCCGGCAUGUACGAUCCCCUGGUCUCUACCACAACGGACCUCCUGGUGCUGCUACGUGAGUUCCGUGUGCGGCCGGCUAUUUAUAUGCCGGUGUCCGAUUACGUGACAUGCGAUGAGUGGUUAAUGGAGAAGGCUGGUGUGAAGUUGGUGACGCCAACGACGCCGACGUCUUCAGGGGACGAGGGCGAGAUGUGCCUGCCGGAUGGGCCUCUGAUGCGUGACGAACGAAGCCGACGACGUGCCAUCCGCAAUGUGACGAACGCGUACGUGUGUCACGCGGAGGCGCUGGGGAUUGCUCCUGCGGAGGUGGCGACUGUCGUUGGCGCCUCUGAUGGAGAGGUGGUUAGCCGCCUAAGCCGCACACCGAAGAAGCGAGCUCGCAGUUCGGGGUCGUCGGACAGUGGGUCCGUGUAG